GGAGGGAAAAUCAACAUCUGAACCAAAUACCAAUCUGCGACGAUGAGAGCUGCCGGCCGCCGCCGCGCGGCGGAAUCCCGUCCGCCACCUCCCACGCCCACCAACACAGCAGAUCCCUGGCAGUCAAUCACCACUCCUGUCAACCGCCGCGAAUCCGACGCUAGCUUCUGCAGCAGCCUCCCCUCAAUCGCCUCCGCCGGCCGCCCUUCCGCCGCCGCCGCUAACAUAUCCGACCGAGCUUACCAAAUCGCCGCCCUCCGCACCAUCAAUUCCUACCUCGCCUCUCAAUCCGCCCCCUUUUCGCUCAAGCCUCCCUUGCCCUCCGCGAAAGACAUCACCGAAACCCUAAAGCUUCUACUGCAUCGAUUCGGCUUCGCUUCGCAGAAAAUCGACGAGGAUCUCAGUCACGCGUUGAAAUCACUCAAAUGCCCCUUGAAAUUGAACAAAUCGGCGCUCCGCGCCCCAGGUACGCCGCAUUCAUGGCCCAAUUUGCUUGCGGUUAUCCACUGGCUUGUUCAAUUAGCUCAAUACAUGGAUUCUACACUGAAUUCGUCUCCUGAACUUGAGGGUGGAAAGAUGUUGAUGCACAAUGUAGACAGUUAUCUGCUCUACAUUGCGGGAGAUGAUGAGGCUAUGGAUGCUUUGGAUUCGGAGUUUGUAAGUGAGCUGGAAGAGUGGAGGAAGAAAGUGGGGGAAAAUGCGACGGCUGUUGACGAAAAUGCUAACGAACUGGAUGCCAAAUUGACGAGUUUGAAGAAGGGCCCGAGUCAGAAGGAGGUUUUGGAGCAGGAAAAGGCAGUUGUAGAAAAGGACGUGACGAAGUUCCAUGACAUGAUCGGGCAGCUGGAUGCGCAUUUGGUGGAUGUGCAGAAGAAGCUAGUGGAGAAGGAGAGGGCAUUGGAGGCCAAGGUGGAAGAACGGAAGAGGAUUUGCGAUGAGAAUGAGGAGUUGAAGAGGAAGAUUGAGGAACAGGGGAUUAAUAUGAGAGAUGCUGAGAGAAUGAAACGAGAAUUACAGGCUGUGGAGCGUAAUAUAGAGGAGGCCGAGGCUGGGAGAAGUGGCUGGGAGGAGAAGAUUUGGGAGCUCGAUUCUGAGAUAGGGCAUAAGUUUAAGGAGCUCGAGCAUCUUUUGAUGGAAUGCAACCAAACUAUUAGAAGGUUGAAGCUUGGAAAUGGAUUUCAAUAUCAGCUGCAUGCCGACGGGUCCACACCAGCUGAGGUCUUGGGAUCAGAUUACAAGAGCAUACUAAAGCCCGCACUUGUUGCCUUUGCUGAGGAAAUAAAAGGGAGUUCAAUGGAGAAAUUGGAAGAACUGAUUUCUCUUCGGCCACGAUCAGGUGAAAAUGCUGCUAAGCUGGAGGAUAAGCGGAAUCAUAUUGCUGUCCUUCAGUCCCACAAUGAUGAGGUUGAGUCUCAGUUGCACAUAGUGACGAAAGAAAUGCAAGAGUAUAUCUCUAGACGUGCAGCAGAAGCCAAAAAGAUGGUAGAGGAAGUUGAAACGAAGGCUCAGCACAUCUCUGUUGUUGAAAAAGAUGCAGCAGAGUUGUUGAAGAAUUCCAAGGCCGGGCUGCACGAAGACACGAUUCAAACUGAAGAAGAUGUUAAGUUGUGUGCUCGGGAACUCUUUGAAUUGAUUAAUUCAGUUGCAGCAUACAAGGAGUACGUAGCCUCGAAAAUUGCACGAAUGAGGACCGACCUGCUGGAAAGUGCUGGUGCCGUUGCGGAUACUUACAAAGGGUACCGUCCGUCACAUGGCCACGGUGUUUAGGAGUCGAACAAUUGAUCCCUAACAUAAAAGGUUGGGAACUUCCAACUCACUUGAGUUUCUUAGCUAAAGUGGAGAAAUCGUUGUUUAUGUUAUCUGUUUCUUGUGUGUAUAUUUGGUUAAUAGGAAUGAGAUCAAUGUAUUUUCACUUAUAUUAUGUUUCUUUUAUUGGGAUAAUAUUAAGAUGUCGUCGAGUAUGUAAUUCAUGAUUUUGCCAA